AUGAUUAUCGCAACACCACAAUCACCAUUUGAGAAAAAAGCUGACGAGAAAUAUGAUAUAUCACUACUAUGUUAUCACAACAACACGAACAAAGCUAUCUCAGUUGAACAGUACUCAGUUGGACACUGCUCUGAGGACAGAGACCUCCAGCUUGCAAUCAUGGCCUCUCUCUCCAUUCCAACACUCGAUAAUAGGUCUGAAAAAAGGAAAAACCCAAUUGAGAUCAACGACAACGAUGAUUGUUGUGCACAUUCUUACUGUUCUGACUGCAUGAUCAAAUAUGUGGCUUCAAAGCUACAACAGAACGUUACGCAGAGUCGAUGCCCUGUUUCAGAGUGUGGAGGGUUUUUGGAGCCAGAGCAUUGUCAUCCCAUUUGGCCGCCAGAGGUGUUUGAUAGGUGGGGAAGUGCUCUCUGCGAGGCGGCGAUUCUAGGGGUUGGAGAAAUUUUACUGCCCUUACAAGGAUGCUCCGCAAUUUUGAUCAAUGAUGACCGAGAAAAUGGAGAUGUUAUUACUCAAUUAGAGUGUCCCAAUUGCCACCGGUUGUGCUGUGAAGAGUGUAAGGUGGCUUGGCAUUCGGAUAUAGAAUGCACGGAUUUUAAGGAAGAUCAGAGAGAGGAGGAGGAUAUUAAUUGA